AUGACCGUGCUUAACAUCAACAAACUCAGUUUCUAUGUUUUACUCCUGUCAGCUGCCUUCGCACAGAUCCUGGUGGUCAGUGCACAGGGCGGCAUCAUAGUAGAACCCGACGGCACUCUGGAGGGCCUUAGUGGAGGGUUGAAAGUUGGCGCAAAGAAGGACAUAUCAGCACAUGGGCUCGCUGAAGGUGACGUUGAGGAUAGAAGAUGUGUUGGCACUGAUUCUGGUCGGUCCACUCGGGGGUGUUACUUUGAUGAAACCAUGAUCUCGCAGGGCUUAAUUUGUCGGAGCAACUUCAGACUCCAACGUCGAAGCGAGGACCUUCGCAUGUGCGGUAGCAUCAUGAGUGUAGGCCAUACCGUCAAAAUGCUGAGGAAGAAAUCGUGA